AUGAAAAACAGCAGCGGGCGGAUGACUGUGACGGAGUUAGGCGAGUUUCUGAGAAACCCUCCGCAGGGUUUCUCCGUGAAAGCUCUCUCUUCGGGUUACCGAGUGUGCAGCGACGAUGAGCGGAACCUGGUUCUCAUCGACAACUUCCAGUCGUGUAAGGGGGAUAUAGUUCUGCAAAAGUCCCUGGGAAGAGAAGUUAAAGUGCACAACUUGAGGGACUAUACCAACCUGCGGAAGAGCCUGCUGUCCAAGAGAAUCUACCUACUGGCAUCUGUCUGCGAGGAAAAACUCUCGGAGAGCAGAAAGAAGGCAGCUGGGGAUGUCAGAGGGCUGCGGGAGUACGUGGUGUCGGUGGAUGGCGGCGACCCUCUCAUCGGGUGGCAGAUGGAGAAAGGCCUGGACUGGAGCAUCUCUUCUGUGGCUGGAGAGAGCUACCGGCUGGAUAUCGACUUGACUGAAGCUCUGGAGAGCUUUGCUCCUCGGAGCGCGGCAGCUGAGGACCGGAACACGGUCAAACCCGUAUGGAGGGACGCCUCCUUCACCCUCAAGUACUACUCUGACGCCCUCUUUGACUUCCCACACUGGUUUGGCUUCAGUAAGAGAACAUUUAAGCUGAAACUGACAUGA